AUGAUUCAUGUGCUCCAGUCCUACUGCAUUAUCUCUACAGGGGUUCGUAUCACCUGCACCAACCAGACAGGAGAAGGCAAAUGCACCCAGAUCGAGAAAGAGACAGAGGUUUUGCGGAAGGAGAUCAGGGUGCCCUGUAAGGACAAGGUUCAGCUGAGUGGGAGGGUGAGGAGGCUGCAGGAACAGCAUAGAGAGAAGGCUGAAGAUGGGCUGUGCUACAGAUGUUUCAGAGCCAAGACCAGCCCUGGAGAGAACCAGAGUGCUAAGGAGGAGCUGAAGAAAGAGAAGCACGCCACUGAUGAGAAGUACAACUUCGAAGUGCUUCAACAACACACCGCACUGCAAAAACAGAGACUCAUCGUUCCACUGAAUCUCCACCUCAGGCUCACGGCMGUCRGCGAGAACGUUCUUAUGGAGAACCUUGAGAUCUUAAAAAAUAAUGGCUUUGAUUUUGUGCUAUGUGUUCCAGCUCAGGUGAUGGAGCGGGUGAAGCUUGUGUCCCUGCCCACAAGUAAGAACUGGACAUUUGGUCUGAGGGACAUCGAGGAGCUCAUCUUCAUGUUGAUUGACASCCCGGGGGUUAUGUGUCGGCAGUCUCGUGUCAGGCAGAUGUUUGCCUCCAGGGCCUGCAGGAAGUCGGUGAUGAUUGGUACAGCUUUGAGCACCAGUGAGAUGAAGAAGUUGGGUCAUAUGGGGGAGAUAGAGCAGCCAUGGAACUGUCCACAUGGCAGACCCACUAUGAGACACCUUGCUAACUUGAACUUCAUCUCAUGACUGAUCAACCCAGUUGGACCGGCUCAACUGAAUACCUCUCAAAAGUUUUGGCCUGCUCCUAUAUCUCUGAAAAUACA